AUGGCUGACUCACACCCCCCUUCGCGCUCCAACACGCCCACACUUGUGCCCCCGAUGCGGCGACCACUCGAAGGCGACAAUGCGCCUGCCGUCUCUUCGCCGCUCAACCCCAAUCCCGAUGCGGCAGCCCGUGCCAGACCGAAAGCUCCAGCGCGCGAGCAGAGAGAAAAGCGCGAGACGAUCAAGAAACGUGAAGCUUCAGCGAGCACAAGACAGAGCACCCCAAAUGCAAAGUCGUCCAAGAAGGAGCGCCCCUCGGCGGACUCGCCCAUGCGAUACUCCAUUCCUGAGCCCAGACCAUCCGACUAUGAAGCGCCCAAAGACAGCACUCUGCUCUCCCACGAGCCAAAUCCUAUGUAUGCGCCUGAUGGAGUCACCGAGUUGAAGAAGCCGCACGAUAUUGCCUGGAAUAAGAAGGGCUACAAGUACACGCACUGCGUCGCUGACCCGCUAUUCCGCCACAAACAGUACUACAGACAGAGCGAUUCUAGGCCCUACGGACCGAGGAUGAGCCACGAAGACUGCGACAGGUGGUUCCAUUUCGACAACAGCGCAACUAUCGUAUCUCAAGAGAAGGGCUGGCGCAUGGGACGUGGCAAUGUGGUCGCGAGAGAAGGCAGGAUAUACUACGAGGUCAAGGUGCUACGAGGCAUACCCGUACAUGGUCCCAAGGAUCCCAUCGACCCCAAGACGGGAGAGACAAAGCCUGGUCCCCACGUGAGGAUGGGUUGGGCAAGGCGGGAGGCGCCUUUGGACGGACCCGUGGGCUUCGAUGGCUACAGCUACGGCAUCACCGACGCCCGCUUCGAAGCCCAACACCGAUCGCGCGCCUCCAAGAUCUUCAAACCACUCCCCAAGAACGCAAAGAGCAAGCACAUGAAGGCUAGACCCCCACAUGGCAAGCCAAUGCCUGUUGAGUAUGUUACAGAUCAGCACGUUCAAGAAGGUGAUGUCAUUGGCCUUGAGAUUCAGCUACCGUCGCUAUCAAUGCAUCGCAAAGUCGUCGAGGGCAUCUACAACCCGGCUGUGGAUCUGGGAGAUGGCUUCGACACUGUCAGCAACCAAGAUCCCUUCGACAGGCCCAUCGACAUCAUCCGCGAUCGCAUACCCGUGCCCUACAAAGGCAACUUUUACUUCGAGCAGCUCGACUACCAGGUCACCAAGAUGGUCGAGGCUUACCACGACCGCGGCCCAGUACCCAAGAUACAUCCCUCACCAAACCACGAAGAUGUCAGUGUACGAUCGCUGCCACACUCGCACAUCAAGGUCUACAAGAACGGUGAGGAGGUUGGAAUCGCUUUUGAGAACCUCCUAGCCUUCCUCCCGCCCGCCAGUAUACCAUCAGUCGAGGCCAUCAAGGCCGGCGCAAGGACAGGUUUCGACGACGGCAUGGUAGGAUACCUGCCAGCCAUUUCACUAUUCAAUGGUGGUGUUGCGCAGGUCAACUUCGGCCCCGACUUCUGGUGCCCUCCAGAAGAGAUGGCCAAGCAGCGCGAGAAGGAUACAGACAUGGUCGAUGGUGGUACAACCGAGCAGCAGAUUCCGGACGGUCGCAAACUACGGGCUAUUGGUGAGCGUUACAAGGAACAGAUUGCAGAAGAUGUUGUUUGGGACAUUAUCGACGAGGUCGACUUCUUCACCCAGGACGGCGGAUGGGAGUACAAGGGCGAGGCUCCUCAGGACGUGGCAGGCAAAUCUACGCCCAGGGCUCGUGGUUUUGCGAAUGCGGACGAGAACAUCGGUGUCGAAGUGGCAAAGCGGUACUAA